GAACAGUCCGCCUUCAAGAUUUCGCCAUUUUCCGAACUCUUAUGAGUUUUCUGGAACGAAAAUGGUAAAUUUUACAUAAAUUUCUCAAUGUUUUGCCAUUUUUACACCGCUAUGACCUACUCACGUUUGUGUAUUCUUGUAAUUUCCUAGAGCUUUUUAGGUUUUGGCCAAUCGACGGACAUAUUUAUAGAUUUAGAAGACUCGGACAAGCGAAAGCAAAUCGAAGUACGAAACGAAGAAGGGCGCAAAGAGAAAUUGCUCUUAUAUUAUGAUGGAGAAACUGUCAAGGGAAAGGUAUGUCCCAGGUUUAAACUGGGCUUUAAAAAGCUGCUAUAUAUAGCUAGAUUUUUGCUAUGAUCCUGGCAUAAUACUUCUUAAAUUUACGCUUAAAUUGACCUGUUAAAUCUAAGCUCAAACCGUCAGUGUUAAUAUAAGGUCUUUUAUUUGCAGUAGCGUUCGAAAAUAGCGCUGCAUUUUAUUAAAUUACGAGUAUUUAAAUGCAUUUUAAAUGCAUAAACUGGUUGCACAUGUACUGUUUACGUGUUCAAGGCAUAUAAUUCGUCUUUAUUUGAGGUGCAGUGUUGAAAUUUGUGGAUUUUUUGCAGUCACAUGACUAGUAUUGCACUGUGAUAUUAUUAAAUUUAAAACGAUCAACUUUGCAAAUCGGUAUUUAAAUAUACUGAUUUCGAAAGUAAAAGCUUAAAAUGUGGUAGUUUAAAUAAAUCCAUUUAGAAAAAGGGGUUUUAUAUCAUGAUGGUUAAUGGAUUUAUUUCAAAGGAUGUUUGAAAUGAUUUGACGAUACUUGCUUCUGCACAACAGGAAGUGAUUGCCAUUCUAAUUUGUAUCGAGUAGUUCCUGUAAUAAUAUGGGCCUGUUUGUGUGAGGAGAAUUCACAGACAUGCUUUACGUAGCGUGAUCGCCAACGUUAGCAUCUAAAAAUGAACUGUGCUUAUCCUAAAUAGUACUCCGGUGUGAUGCAGGAUCCUUAUAGCCAAAACCGUGGAUGUUUCCUCUCGCCCGAAAAAAGUAAUACAUUCAGGAAUGCCAGUACAUUCCUAUACCUAUAAUUGCUAAAAUGUGAAACUAUGUUUAGUUAUAUAUGUCAAUUUAAAUUCUUGCAUACCAAUCAGAAUGUUUUCGUCGCAAUUCCAAUUAUAUAAAUGUCAAUUUCACUACAUUAGGAAUAUGCAUGGUCGCAGUCCUCGAUGUUUUGAUGUGAAAACAUUGUACUUUUUUCGUGAAAUGUUUUCUUAUUCUGAAUAAUGAUAACUGCAUGCACCCAUUAGCAACAUCAUCACUCAAUGCAUUUGGUAAUUUGUGUUUUGAUAGUUGUUUUUUAUAGCUACAGUAUUGUAAGCCUUUAAGUGGCAUUGUGCCCUGAUGGACCGUUCUUUAUUAUUUUACUUUGUUUAAUGCCAGACAACUUUACUUGUCAGGGGGAGAGUGCUGGCACUUAAUAGGAUAAUUUUGUGUUUGUGAGACAGGAGCUCUGCCAAAGCUCUAGCGGUUUUUGAUCAGCCAGAGUUGCGGUGCUUUCUCCCAGAAUGACAAGAAAUGUGACAUUUUCGUAGAGUUACUGUGUCGGUUACAAAUAAUGACAACGUGAAUAUGUUGAAAGUACAUAUAAUCUGAAGUCAUAUCUGUUGUGUCAAACCAUGUCCAAUGCUGCUUCACAUCAUCUUACUGUACCUUCGGGAAAAAAUCGAGUCGAAUUAUAUAGUACCCAUUAUCCGGUUAUAGACUUUAUCCCCUGUGUCGUGAACCAGUUAACCCAUUAAGCGCCGGCGCUCUCCCCUUGACGAGUAAAAUCAUCUGGCGUUAGACGGAGUAAAAUACUAAAGUAGGGUGCAUCGGGGUGCAAUGCGACUCAAUGGGUUAACAUAGCCAGGGGGCAGACAUUUCAGCUGUGAAGCAGCUGGAACCUGUGCCAUAAAAUUUGCACAGCACUAUAAGAACUGUAUACUGGCAUUAUGCCCUAUUUUGUUAUUUUACUCUGUCUAAUGCCAGACGAUUUUCAGUUUAAGCUCUCUUACUGAACGUUAGUGAUACUUGCCUUGCAUUUCUUGUCAGUGGUUAAAUGAACAUGUGUUUCGUUUUCUAAGGUGAAAGUGAAUCUAAAAAAUCCCGGUAAAAAACUUGAACAUCAUGGGAUAAAAAUAGAAUUGGUCGGUCAAAUAGGUAAGAAUAUAGAAUGUUUUUUGGGCAUCCACAUUUGAUAUAACUACGACCCUGUUAAGUUUACACUGUACCGGAUUCGCUGGUCUCAAAUCUUUGUUUGCUGCCCAGUAGCAACGUUUACUGCGGAUUCAGGUAGACCGUGAAAUGCGAAUAGUUGUCGCGUUAGUUUUAACAGUUGUACGAUGACGUUUCUAGGCAGAUUUUCGACGUUUCUAAGGCGUGGCUUCAACGUUUAUUUUUAAAAAUUGAACGUAAUUACAAGGUAAUUGCCAGAUAGUAUACUUCAAACUAAGGUUUCCGUUUUUAUAUCAAUUUUUUAAAUAAGUUAGGGUUAGGUUAGGGUUUAGUUUUGCGUUAGGAUAUUUUUUCUACGUUAUAAAAACGUUAACCUUAUUUUGAAGUAUACUAUUUAGCAAUUACCUUGUAAUUACAACGUUCAAAUUUUAAAAAUAAACGUUGAAGCCACGCCUUAGAAACGUCGAAAAUCUGCCUAGAAACGUCAUCGUACAACUGUUAAAACUAACGCGACAACUAUUCGCAUUUCACGGUCUACCUGAAUCCGCAGUAAGAUAACUUCUGUAUGUUCUUUCUACUUGUUUGACUGUUAAAACUGAUAUUGUGACCAGCGACUCCAGUACAGUGUAAAUAGGGCCUAAUUUGUGAAGGCUGCUACCAUUAGCAUCCAUGGACCAUUUGCAUUAUAGACUAAAUCUUGAUCUAGACAAAAAUUUCAUCACAGCUUGAAAGAGCAUCACAAAAUUGGUAAUAUUCCAAAGUUUCAUUGCGAAAUGUUGUAAAAUGCAGAUAAUAUAGCCUUGCGAAAUUUGCAAUUUUCAGUCAUUUUGUAUUACAAACGGGAAAUUGAUGCCCCAACACUCGAUUGGGCUGUCAAUUUCCCGUGCAUAAUGCAGAAUGACUGAAAAACGGCAAACUUCGCAAGGCUAUAUUAUCCGCAUUUUACAACAUUUUGUAACAAAACUUUGGAAUAUUAUUUAUUUUGUGAUGCUCUUUCAAGUUGUGAUGAAAUUUUUGUCUAGAUCAAAUUUUAGUCUAUAAUGCAAAUGGUCCAUUGUAGAUGGAAAUUUUGAAAUGUCUAACCAACUGAGCUACAGAGGCCAGUUGUUGAGCUCUAACUGCAAGUUCAUUGAUGUAACUAUGUACUAAGGUGAUCAAUGCCAGUGUGAUGUUUAUGGGUAUUUGGGCAUAUCUGUCGAUAUAAGUAAUUUGUAGAAGAGUUUUGCAAUUUCCAUUUACAAAUUUUUCUUCUACUUCAUCUUCUGUCAACCCAUUUUAUCAAGCAGUAAUUUGCACAUAUUCGAUCAUGCUGUAUUUUAGAAUUAUUUUAUGACCGUGGCAACCAUCAUGAGUUCACGUCAUUGGUCAAAGAACUCGCUCGAGCAGGAGUCAUGACAGAAAACUCGACGUUUGACUUUGAGUUUUUGAAUGUUGAGAAACCUUACGAAACAUACACUGGCACGAAUGUCAGGCUAAGGUAAUCUUCAGCUCAUUCUUAAUUAAUGUCCAGCCAGAUCACAUAUGAUGAAAAAAAUGAACUUAUUACAUCAAUUGAAAUUGUUGUAGGUAUUUCUUGAAAGUUACGAUAAGUCGACGGCUGUCAGACAUGACAAAAGAAAUAGAAGUUGGAGUCCAUACACUGGCGUCGUAUCCAGAAAUAAAUACAAGGUGGUGUAUUCAAUGUGCUAUAAUUGUAAUAAUAAUAAUCCAUGCUGCAUCCAUUUGAUGCAUUACUUCAAUGCCCAAAAAUUGUGAGCAGUGGCCGGCCAGCACCCUUCCUGCCCCCUCCCCCUUGUGUCUGCCACUGAUAAAAUGGCUUCAAUGUUUAACGUGUGUUAUGUAAUUAUUUUAGCAUUAAAAUGGAAGUGGGCAUUGAGGAUUGUCUUCAUAUUGAAUUUGAAUAUAACAAAUCCAAGUAAGUUUGGGUUCUACAUCUGGCCAAACGAAAAACAUGGUUGUUCCUGUUCUGUAUCUCGAGAAAAAAAUGAAAAAUUAUUUUGCUUGACAUUGGUCAGCAAUGACAAUGAGUGUGAUCAGAUUAAUGAGCUAGCGCCAGGGACCUCUAUACAGGGUGUCUAAAAAAGUGACCUUUACGACUAACAAGAACAAGAAUAGUGGUGUGACUUGUCGUGCCUCCUGCGUCACAACGUGCCCCCUGUGUCACAACAUGCCCCCUGUGUCACAACGUGCCCCCUGUGUCACAACGCGCUCAUGGAGCAGACUAUGCACCUAAGCACUACAGCAUGAAAAAGGUGGUGAGAACUUUAGUCAUUCGGCCUAGUAUAGGAACCAGGCCAUUGACAUGCAAUAGCUAUGAAGGUUGCAAGCAGUUUUAAUAAAAUUUCUCCUAACUAUUCCAGUUUUUAAAACGAUAGUAUUAUGAACUGAUAUGUAAUAGUGAUCGAAAGCUCCCUGACCAGGGUUGGAAAAAAUAGGCGAGCACUGCUCGCAGGAAAUGUUAAACAGAAAAUUUGUUUGAAUGAAGAUUUGCUAUUGAAAAUUUGAAGGAAACCUUAACAUCCAUGUCACACUAUGGGCGCAACAACAUAUGGUUGACAGACAUUAUUCCUUGAAUUUAAAACCAUGGUCAACUAAAACACUAUAUGUUUCUGCUCAUACAGAUUUAGCACAAAAACACUCUGUUAGCCUGCAGGAAAUUUUUGUCUCCCGGUUGUGCUUCCAGGAAGAAAAUUAUUAUACCCUGCCUUGGCUCCCUCAAUAAGCUAUGUAGCUUUUGGAGCAAUCAUACUCAAUAAAGUAUUGUUUAUAUAAAAAAACCCAAAGACAACCAAAACAUUACAACUCUUAUUUCUAGGUACCAUUUGAAAGACGUCAUCGUUGGAAAAAUAUACUUCCUUCUCGUUCGAAUUAAAAUCAAACACAUGGAGGUCGCCAUUAUUAAACGAGAAACAACAGGAACUGGUAAUGAGAAAUGCAUUGUUUAGAAACAAAGUUUCUGUAGAAGUAUCGAAAAAUUAAGGAUCUUCAGUUUGCAUUUAUCCCAGUAUUCACAAGAUACUGAUUAUUUAGUUUUCGGUACCCAACUUGUCUCCCAAACGGGUAGUACAAAAUUUGGCACAUUAGGACAUUAUUUGUUAAAUGUCUUCAGUGGUUCCCCAAUAGCUUUUGAACAUACUAUGAGUAUGUCACUUUUGAAAGAAACAACCUUUGAUUUCCACUCAAUGUCUGAAAAUUGUCUGAAUCAAAUAAAAAAAUGACUGAAAAUUUUGCAAGAAUAUAGAUCCCUGAAAAAAAAUCUGGGAACUAGGUUCCGUUUUCCACCUCGGCUUAUGGUAAUCAUUGUCCUGAAAUGGGACACCAGAUUCUCAGAACUUUGAAUCCUAGUAUGCCAGUUGAAUUUUGAGAAGUAGUCAAUUGUUGUUAUCAAAUUCAUUUAGGUCCUAAUUCUUACAACGAAAGUGAAACAAUUGCGAAAUACGAAAUCAUGGAUGGCGCUCCCGUUCGAGGUAACUACGUCAGUAGAGCUAGAAUAAUUUC